CACGUAAACAAAUAAUCUGCUGUUUCUUAACAAUGAUGAACAUAGUUACUCUGUGUCUCCAUAGACAGUUAAAAGAAGUCUGUCACAAUGAACAUACUUUUCUGGUGAUUAUAUCACUGUAUGCAGUUAUCCGGUAUCUAACCCUAACAGUAAUAUUGUUGCAUAUGUGCAACAUAACUUUCCUUUAUAUUUUGUUUGCUUAUAAGUAAGCACAGAAUUGUUAACAUUUGACAGUGCUCGCAAAAAAAUGUCCUGACGCGAGGAAGAAAACCGGAGAACCAGGAGAUAACUUUUAACUUUCAUAGGGAAGCAGAUACGUAAGCCCCGAGACGAGAUCAACAGGACCUGACAUGUAGAUCACAUGUCUUCGUACGAUUAACAACUGGCCACAACUUCCGCUUACGUCUGCAGUCCUGCUUGCUUAUUCGACUCACAGCAUGAAAUAACUAGGUUAUGUACAAUUUGUCAGCAGUAAAAUGCGGAAAGUCAAGUUUUUGGCUGCAGGCUGCUGCAAGAACACCAACCAAAUUGAAUCACAGCGGAUCUCCAUGACAACGUGAAGCCAUUGACUGCAGACAUCAAAUUAUGUCAUAAAAUGAAGAGGACAAAAAUAUUAAUAGUAGACUGUUUUAUAUUCCACACUAUAGGGCCUUAGUCUUUUAGGAAAAAGGAAGAAACCAGCAUCUUCAACCAUGUCCAUCGGUUACAAAUUUCUGUAUUACACAUUAUCUGCUGUCACUUUCAUUCUUGGGCCACUGUCUCGGUUUGUAUUCUACCUAAUAUAUGGGCCUAAAGGACAGAGUGUAUCAAAAGUCACCAAUCCAAUACUGCUUCAGAGUGCAAAGUCUCUUGCACAAAAGAUUCGGUCCAGAGAGCUAACUGCAGAAGAAGUGAUGAAGGCCUAUAUUGAUCGGGUCAAAGAAGUGAAUCCAAUCAUCAAUGCCGUCGUGGCAACAAGAUAUACAGAGGCCUUGGAAGAGGCAAGAGAGGUGGACAGACUGUUGAGCCUGAAACCAGUGCCGCAAGAGUUGAGUGUCAAGGACAAACCAUUGUUGGGUGUGCCUCUUACUGUGAAAGAGGCAUUUGCUUGCAAAGGCAUGCCAAAUACUUCUGGCCUAGUCAGCAGGAAAGGCUUGAUAGCAAACCAUGAUUCACCAGUGGUGCAUAACCUUCGAGAGGCAGGCAUGAUCCCAUUCGCCUGCACCAAUACCAGUGAACUGUGCAUGUGGUACGAGUCUGCCAACAGGGUGUAUGGCCGCACUAAGAAUGCUUACGAUGAUACAAAGAUCGUAGGUGGAAGCUCAGGGGGUGAAGGUUGCAUCAUUUCAGCUGGAGCAUCACUCAUAGGAGUUGGAUCAGAUAUUGGUGGCAGCAUUCGUAUGCCAGCUUUUUUCAAUGGAGUCUUUGGACAUCGUCCAAGCAAAGACUUAGUGUGUAACGAUGGACAGCACCCCCCUGCUACUGGUGGGCAGAUAGAACUACUAUCCACCGGACCAAUAUGUCGGUAUGCAGAGGACCUGCCCUUGGCCCUCCGUAUCAUGGCUGGCCCAACUGCCAACAAAAUACGCCUUGACACUGAGGUCGACCUCAGUAAGCUGCGAGUUUUAAGCAUGGAUGAUGAUGGAGGCAGCCUGCUUUCCAGUAACGUGGACCAAAGCAUUCAACAAGCCCUCCAGAAAGCGGCAAAGCAUUUAGGCCAAGAGUGUGGUGCAACUGUAGAAAGUGUGCAUUUUGGCCUUAUGAAAUACAGCCUGGAUCUGUGGUCAGCUAAAAUGGCUUCAGAUGCAGAGAUCCCUUUUGCUUGCUUCAUGGCAGGAGGGAAGGACACUGGGCAGAAGAUCAACUGCUUCAAAGAAAUUUUCAAAUGGUUGGGUGGACGGUCAGACCACACUCUUCCUGCCAUUGGUCUUGGGAUAGUUGAAAAUUUGUUGCCAAAGAAUGAUCCUCGUCUGCCCCAUUUAUUGUUCCUGCUUGGUGAAUUACGUAAAAACUUGAUCACUCUCCUGGGAGACGACGGCGUGUUUCUGUAUCCUCCUCAUCCUGUGACAGCCCCUUACCACAACUACCCACUAUUAACCCCCUUAAACUUCUCUUACACUGCCAUCUUCAAUGCUUUGGCAUUGCCUGUGACCCAGGUUCCACUGGGGUUAAGUCCUGAUGGGCUUCCACUUGGAGUGCAAGUAGUAGCUGCACCAUAUCAAGACCAUUUAACUAUUGCUGUCGCCCAGGAACUUGAACGAGCUUUUGGGGGAUGGGUCACACCUGGAGGAAGUUAAUGAGUGUGUGCAUACCAAAAGACAUCCAGGUAAUCCCAACAGCUUUGAGAGCUUUCAUGCCAUCUACUAACAGGCAAGAACAAGUCCAGGCCUUAAAUUUACAUCGAUCCUAUAUCCCUCUUACAAGUGGCUGAAGCCCAUAACUUCUUGGAAACUGCAAUGGGGGAUAGCAACUGGAACCUAUACAUGCAACUCAGGAUCUAUCAAGUCCUUGACAGGUACAUACAUUGCAAUCUGCAGGACAAGUUAUCAGCAUGUUUGGCCUGGCCACUUGCCAGGAGCGUUUAAGAGACAUGUUUAAAAUAAUUUUUUCGUCUAGCCAAUUAUAACAUGCUCCCAAACUGUUGUUCAAGCCUAUCAACUAUUUUUUUCUCAAAGGAUUUUGUUGAUUAUAUCCAAUCACUGUGAUCCUUAGCCCCACCUUGGCAGAGCAAAACAAGGUUUACUGUACAUUUUGUUAUUUGUUUCAUAGGACAGAAAUUUACAGCUCUGUAGUCCUGUUUAGCUUCAUGCCUUAGAGAAAUUGUAAGCCUUUAGGAGUCCUAGACUUUAGAAUGCCCUUGUUUGGAUCACUAUCAUUUGUUCAGUACGAAUGCCAAAUACUAAACUGUUGCACCUCACUUUUCUGUUCAAUACAUUCCCCCUGAAAGUGUCAAAGGGCUCAGCUUUGAUAAAUACUUAUUGUCAUAUGUGAUAGCCAGUCUACAUGCUUUAGCCUAAUGAUUUUUAAAUUUAAAAAAAAACUGGUAGAUGUUUGCAAUUUUCAUUCAAGGGUAGACUGUUUUUUCUGCAGUUUAUUAUUCAUGUUGCAAGAUGCUCUAUGCCCUUGAAGUAAACCCAGGGUAUACCUCUAUACCCUAGUGCCCCCGACAGCAGAUCAGAAGGUUUUGAGUCCUGCUGUAAUUGGAAAAAUCUGCCCACCCCAGAAGAUACGGGUUCAUAAAUGAAAACGUUGCAGCCAGCAUGUUAGUAAAAACAUUACAGCUUUAUAGGACGGGAGUAAAAUGCAGAUGAGCCUGGCGGAGACUAGUACAAUUUCAGCACUUCUGCGUGAUCUUUCUGCGCCAUAAUAGUAAUUAUUGAUGCCUCAAACAAAUCAUAACUUUCAUUUAUAAUGAAUCAUCAUGGUAGUUGUUUUAUAGGAUGUGCAAAUAAAAAUCCCUCGCAAUUUGA